AUCUCGGCACAAGAGUACUGUCAAAACUAAUCAAAAUACCUCUGAAUUAUCACCAGGUCUGAGAUUUCACGUUUCGAUAUUACGCAAAAAGUGGAAGGCCGGUAGCAUUGCACUGUAUAUUAUCAGCUCUUUUCGAACUAGCAGAAACUUUUAAAGGCUCGUCAAACUGAAAUGGCCACACAAUUUUUGAAUCGUAUCGGUCAACUUGGGCUGGGUGUUGCAAUCGUCGGAGGUGUGGUGAACUCUGCAUUAUAUAAUGUUGACGGUGGGCACCGGGCGGUGAUCUUCGAUAGGUUUACCGGUAUCAAACAGCAAGUUUCCGGAGAGGGAACCCAUUUCUUCAUUCCAUGGGUCCAGCGGCCAGUUAUCUUUGACAUUCGCUCACAGCCCCGGAAUGUUCCAGUUGUAACUGGAAGUAAAGAUCUGCAGAACGUUAACAUCACUUUACGUAUUCUGUUCCGCCCUGUCCCUGAUCAGUUGCCAAAGAUUUACACCAUUCUUGGUCAGGAUUACGACGAGCGAGUGCUGCCCUCGAUUACCACCGAAGUGCUGAAGGCUGUCGUUGCUCAGUUCGAUGCUGGAGAGUUGAUUACUCAGCGAGAAAUGGUUUCCCAGAAAGUGUCGGACGAUUUGACCGAGCGUGCGGCCCAGUUCGGUGUCAUCCUGGACGACAUCUCGAUUACGCAUCUGACCUUCGGCAAGGAAUUCACGCAAGCCGUCGAAAUGAAACAGGUGGCCCAGCAGGAAGCGGAAAAGGCCCGUUUCAUGGUUGAAAAGGCCGAACAAAUGAAGCAAGCGGCUAUCGUUUCGGCAGAGGGAGAUGCCGAGGCUGCUGCUCUGCUGGCAAAAUCCUUUGCCGACAGCGGUGACGGUUUGGUAGAGCUACGACGAAUUGAAGCGGCCGAAGAUAUUGCCUACCAACUGAGCAGAUCGAGAGCCGUUGUUUACCUUCCAGCGGGACAAACGACACUGCUCAAUUUGCCCCAGUAGGGUGAAUAGAGACGGUGUGUAGGAUGGUGGAGCAUUUCUAAUUUGAAUAGUUAUUAGAGGAACUAAGUUUUCAUUUAUUUUAUGUGACUACCUUAACCGGACAGCUCGAUUUGUUUGGAACGCAAUAUAGCAGCGAAAUUUGCGCUUGAUUAUCAUUUUGCAAGUCUGCUUGGUUGGUGAAAAAAUGUUCCGGUUGGGAGCUGUCGUUUCCAGUGUCCAUGGUAGUCAGUUCAACAAUUUCGAAAUGUGCAUUUUCUUUGAAGCCUGCGAGCUACCAUUUAGCAUAGUACGUAUAAUAAAUACAGUGGAUUUUGUUGGAAGCAAAAUUUCUUCUAUUCGUACAGAAUUAAAUAUUGUUUAAGAAUGAAAAGAUAGUUUUCGGCUAAAAGGCGUUCGGUGCUUGGCGCAUUUUUUAAUAAACAUUACUGGAUAU